UGCACAGAUUUGGUGUCGCCUCUGGAGGGAGUGAGGAUGACUACAGACGGUGUGUUCAUCAUCGACGAGGAAGGCCCAACAAACACUGUGCCUGUAAACUCUGCAGAGCUCAGCUCUUCAGUGAGAGCUCUGCUACAGGAUGUGGAAGAUCUAAAGAGUGAUAAUGCUUCGCUGAGAAAAGAAAAUCACUGUCUGAGAGAACAACUCAACACGAACAGGAACGGUGGGGAUGGUGGGCGUGGUCGGUCGCUGCGUCCCAGCUGCGAUGCAGAAUUUGCUCGUGCUCUCAAGGUUUUCUACCACAGCAUGACCUCAGUCAGGGGUCAGCUGCAGCGCCUGCGCAGACACAGGUCCAGUGAGGAGUCUGACCUGCUGGGGCUCAGACUGUUUAUAGAUGAGCAGGGUCGUCUGAUGAGAGACUUCUCAGAGCAGCUGGAACAAAGUGUGUCCACGCUCAAACACGAUGUCGCCGCCAUUGUCCGUCGGAAACGAGAACGAUCAGGAAUCUGGUCUUGA